AUGCCAAUAACCUUAGGUAAGUUUGGACUUGGUCACUGUGAUCUGUCAACGAUGCUGUGGAAUGUAGCCGUAAUGCUGAGACUCGUUGCACUCGACAUUGAUCCGAGGUUUAAAGAACCAAUUGCGAAGCCGUCGUACUUUCUAACAACUGUUCUGGCGGCUUGCUACUUUUACGUUUACUUGAUUUCCAUGGUGUGGUUCGUAUUUGUGAGGUGCCAGGAGACGGGAGACUUACUCUCUGCACUAAUAGUGUUCUCACUAGGUUUGUCCAGUGAAAUAGCAAUAACCAAGUACGCAUAUGUCCUUCUACAUAGUGGUGAAGUGAGAAACAUCGUAGAGAGCUAUUUGGCUUGUGACAACCUCCCCGCGCUAAGCUCUAGAUUUACUGCCAACUUGGCUCGCAAUCUAAAACAAAUAAAAAAGCGGGCACUUACAUUCUGGUUUGUUAUCUACGGUAAUUGCGUUUUAUACAUACUGAAGCCAAUACUGAUGCCGGGACGUCACGUUAUGGAGGAUUUCUUUAUUCUAUAUGGUUUGGAUCCAAUGUUUGAAGCUCCCAACUACCAAGUUGCCAUGUUUACCCUCGCAGCGAGUUCACUCUUCAUUGCACACUUGACGACGAAUAUAACCGCAUUCCACAUCAUAAUAACGGGUUACACAGAAGCCCAAUUACUUGCACUGAGUGAUGAGCUUAUUUAUUUGUGGGAAGAUAUUAAGAAAGAAUAUCAAGGUAUACCAGGUGAUGAUGAUAGAAAUAAACACUAUGUACUAAACGAAUCAGUAAAGAAACGACUGAAAGAGAUAAUAAAACGACAUAUAAUAAACAUUGAUCUUCAUAACAAAGUGGAUGAUGUAUUCCGUGGAGCGAUCGCAGUAGAAUUCUUGUUGUUAGUUUUGGCACUGGUAGCCGAAUUACUCGGUGGUCUAAAGAAUACUUAUAUGGAAGUGCCCUUUGCGCUAUUGCUGGUAGCAACGGACUGUUGGACGGGACAAAGGGUCGUGGACGCGUGCGACGUUUUCGAGAACUCGGUCUACGAUUCGAAAUGGGAGAACUAUGACAAAUCAAAUAUGAAAACAAUAUAUCUCGUGUACACAAUGUCACAGAAAACAUUGACUAUGUCAGCAGGUAGGGUUGCCAUGCUGAAUCUCGCCUGUUUUAUGUCAAUUAACAAAUAUAUUUACUCGACGUACACAACAUUAGAAUCGACAGUGCGAUAA